GCCUACGAUUUUCUGCGUCAGUGUCAGCGAAGCCUGACAGGGCAGCCUAAGAAGAGCCCCGCGGUGAGCAGGACGAACUCCUCCAUUGGAAAGGGGAUUUUGAAAGAAAUGAAGAAAACCAUCAGAAAUGAUGUCAGCAGCCUCAUGGCCUUUUGUUGACUGGAGUGGAGUUUUAUUAUUGCAUUUCCUUGGAAUGACACUGCGCAGGAUGUCUGCUGAAGUCAUCUAUCAGGUUGAAGAGGCACUUGAUGAAGACGAGAAGGAAACGAUUCUUUUUUUGUGCCGGGACAUUGCUGCAGAUGUUGUUCCCCUUAAUGUCAGGGACCUUCUGGAUAUUUUAAGUGAGAGAGGAAAGCUGUCUGCCAUGGGAUUGGCUGAGCUACUGUACAGAGUGAGGCGGUUUGACUUGCUCAAGCGGAUUUUGAAGAUGGACAAAAGGGCGGUGGAGACGCACCUGCUCAGGCACCCUCAGCUUGUUUCAGACUAUAGGGUGUUGAUGACAGAGAUUGGUGAAGAUUUGGACAAAUCUGAUGUGUCCUCAUUAAUUUUCCUCAUGAGGGAUCACAUGGGCCGAAGCAAGGUAGCCAAGGAUAAGAGUUUCCUAGAUCUUGUGAUUGAAUUGGAAAAGCUAAAUCUGAUUGCUCCAGAUCGAUUGGAUUUAUUAGAAAAAUGCUUAAAGAACAUCCACAGAAUAGACCUGAAGACAAAAGUCCAGAAAUACAAGCAGUCUGCUCAAGGAGGUGAAACAAGUUAUAUAAGUGCACUCCAGGCAUCUCUCCCAAAUUUGAGUCUUAAGGAUCCUUCAUAUAACUUAAGGCUCCAGAAUGGGAGAAGUAAUGAACAAAGACUCAAUGUGGGACAACCUGAUACUCAGAGAGAAUCAGUGAAGACAUCCAUUCAGGAAUCAGGAACAUCUCUACCUCAGCACAUACAAGAGAGAUAUAGGAUGCAGAGCAAGCCCCUGGGAAUCUGCCUGAUAAUUGACUGCAUUGGCAAUGAUACAGAGUUUCUUCGGGACACUUUUACUUCCUUGGGCUAUGAAGUCCAGUAUUUUUUGUACCUGCAUGUGGAGAGUAUAAUCCAGAUUCUUCGCCAAGUUGCCUGCAUGCCCCAACACCAAGACUACGACAGCUUUGUGUGUGUCCUGGUGAGCCGAGGUGGCUCCCACAGCGUGUUUGGCGUGGAUCAGACACAGCCAGGGUUCCCUUUGGAUCAGAUCAGGAGGAUGUUCAUGGGAGAUGCAUGCCCUUCUCUCUUAGGGAAGCCAAAGCUCUUUUUUAUUCAGAACUAUGUGGUGUCAGAGGGCCAACUGGACAGCAGCAGCUUCCUGGAGGUGGAUGGGCCAGCAGUGAACAAUGUGGAGUCCAAGGCCAGGCAGCCUGCGCCCUGUACCAUCCACCGAGAAGCUGACUUCCUCUGGAGCCUGUGCACAGCAGACGUGUCCCUGUUGGAACGGUCCUCCAGCUCACCGUCAUUGUACCUGAAGUGCCUUUCCCAGAAACUGUGGCAAGAAAGAAGACGCCCACUCUUGGAACUCCACAUUGAACUCAACAGCAGUGUGUAUGAUUGGAACAGCAAAGUGUCUGCUAAGGAGAGGUACUACGUCUGGCUGCAGCACACUCUGAGAAAGAAACUCAUCCUCUCUUGCAAAUGAAAAGCCAAAAGACUUUCUUAGCUCUGCAGUCUCCAUCACUAGCCCCAAGUAGUUUUCAAGCAAAUGUAUGUGUCACGUGGGUAAGAUGGGGUCCUGUUAUGGGCUGAAAUGACCCUCUGUGAGGAAUGUUAUCAGGAAGGGGUGUUUCAGCUAAAGCUUCUGGGUUGAAGGCUUUGGCCUCUGUUGCUGAAAGCUUGUCAAAACAGUGUUAGAAAGGAAAUAGCUUUGAAACUUUAUUAUUAUUUUUUUAAUGUUUAUUUAUAUUUGAGAGAGAGAGAGAGAGAGACAG